AUGCCCUCAUCCGAUACUGAAACACCACCCACACCGGUGCCUCAAGAUGCGACUGGUUCCGAUUGUCCCCAAUCUCCUCAAAUCCCACAGACUGUAGGAGUGAAACGAAGAAGAACAAAAAAGGAAAUGGAAGCGUAUUGUGCGGAAUUGGCGAUUAAGAAGCAAGCGAAACAGGCCGAGAAGGAGAGAGCGAAAGCUGAAAAAGAGAAGAUGAAACUCCUGAAGAAGAAAUCCGCUCGAACUCAAAGUCGCGGGACUCGUUCGCAAUCGACUGGCACUGGUCGAUCUCAAUCUUCCACCACCAGUGACCCCAAUGGGGCCUUCACGCUAGAGGAUUAUGAACUGAUCUGUUCUUACCUUGAAGAACCGGACAAUUAUCGCCGGCUAUAUGGAAGUGGCGAUCAAACUGAAGUGGGUCCCCAAGCACUCAGUAAGACGGCUGCCUACGACAUCUUUGCGAUUUAUAUGAAUAACAACUGCAAUAAGCGAUACACUUUGACUGGAACCCAGCUUCGACAUCGCUUGGAUCGCUAUAGAAAGAAAUUCGCGCAGGCAAAGCAGUUCAGCGAGCAUACUGGUGCUGGCAUUGAAGAGGUCAGUGGACGGAAGACUCUUGAAGAAGUGCUGGAGGAGAAAUGUCCAUGCUACGAGCGCAUGGAUGCGAUAUUUGGGAGUAAGCCAAAUGUCACUCCAUGCAUGCAGUAUGACUCUGUCCACGGCACGAACCUCUAUGCUGAUACGCCUCCGAGUUCACCCGAAAUAUUUUAUUCCGGAUGGUCUCAAACUCCUCCAGCGGGCGACAAAAUAUCAUUGAAUAACUUAGAGAGGGACCUCCCUUCGGUUGCCGAUCUGAAUGGAAUUUCGCAAAGCCAAUCAUCAUCAAACGACUCGAAUCACAACGGUUCAACCAGAAACAUCGACAAUUUGUUCGACUUCGGCGAGGACCGUGUGGAAGAUUGCAUCGACGAUGCAAUCAAUGUUGAUCUAACUGCGGAAAACGAACGGCCGUCGAGGCAAACCAGCGAGGACAAUGAGGUUGAGAAUGGCAGUGCACUGGGGCACUCACCAAUGCCCUCAGAUUCCUCUGCAUCUCAAGCCGCUUCGAACCGUAAACGAGGUCACCGAGGAUCAAGCCGACAUCCAAACAUACGGUCGCCUAGUAACAAGCCCGCCGCAUCCAACAGACCUUCUCAGUCAAAUGCCCAGAAGUCGUCACUUGCUGGAGCAUUUGAAAAAACGACAGAUACUAAGCUGGCUCAGUUCGAACGUCAAGUGGAUCAACAAUUGGCUUGGGAAAAAGAAAAAUAUCGCCUGAAGUCUCAAGAGGAUCAAAUCAACUUCCAACGGAGCAUUCAACAAGAGGAAGCCCGGGAGGAUCGGAUUGCAAGGAGGGAGGGUGUGAGAUGGGAACGCAAGGUUAGCCUGGAUGAUCGACGACAUUUUCGGGAGGUCAAGCGGGACAACGAUCGAUUGGAAUGGGAGAAAGAAAAGUUUAAUUACGAGCGUCAGGACCGGUCACAGCGUCUGGGAUUAAUCCAGCAAAUGAUGGCUGAAGGCAAAUCCACUGAUGAGAUUGAGCGCAUCAUGAGGCUCAUUUGA